AUGCACCUCCUCACCCUCUUCCUCCUCCUCCUCGGCACCGUAGCCGCCAUCCAAGCCCCGACCCGCGACGCGCUCAAACCGCGCAACUGGGACCUCCGCCUCCUUGGCCCCGGCUGCGACCCCAACGACUCCAACAUCGACAUCUCGCUCUUCCACCGCUCGGGCUUCGUCGGCGCGUCCUGCGAGGCCGUCGACACCGGCGAGUUCAACACCACCUCCGUCAAGAGUAUCUCGUGGAAGAGCCCCGGGGAGGACCGGUAUGAUCUGUGCAUCUACGGGAAUGCGGGCUGCAGGGGGGCGGCGGCGGAUGUGCUGCGUAGCGGGUGGGAGGUUUGUUAUCCGUUUUCGGGGUGGAAGGGGUGGAAGGUUGUUGCUGCGGAUGUGGCGUGUUGA